AGGCGGACGUGUGUGGGUUUCCCCAACCGAAUCCCCUUCUUCUUUUUCCAACCAAUCGCCUUUGCUCUGUGUCGUCAUCAUCAGCCUUCCCCAUGCGAUGUGGCGCUGUUGAGGCGUGCUCGAGACAGCGACCAACACAGGCACGCAGGGCAGGCUGGCUCGCUGCUGCUGGUGGCUGCUGUGAUGAUGGCCGUGCGUGUGCCUGUGCGCUGUGCGCCGUGUUUGGGGCUGCACCGGUGAAGACAAGGAAGGACACGGCCCGUGCCCACCGCUCUUCCCCCUUCAUCUCCUCUUUCUGCUCCAUCAGCGGUGACGAAGGUGGCCGUGGCGUGUGA